UAUAUGAUCAACGGAUAAAGACAUUGAAAUACAUAUUUAUAAAUUCUUAUAAAUUAAUUUUCUUACAGUUUAGUAAAAAUUUAAAAAUGCAUUCUUCUAGAUUUAUAGUACCUUCUCAAUUAUUAAUAUCAAUUAAACUUUUGUCUACAUUCACACAAUUAAAGGAGAAGUAUAUAUAAAAACCUAAAACGAAUAAAUAUUGGAUUUAUAACAUAUUCGUCAUUCCAGAAUGACGAAUGAAGAAUUAAUUUACAUCCGGUUUAUAACGCAAUGUUCAGUCAUCGCAUUUCUUUUAUUAAUAAGAAGUGGGGACAGAAACAAUUUUGGUGCCAUCUCCGAUCUUUCUAGACUGUUCCUGUCCAAUCAAAGGAGAAAUGCCAGAUGUAAACGGUAAUCACGUGAGCAAAGUCUGAUUUAUGGUAUCUUUAAAUAUUCCUCGCUUUCCUAUUCCAUCCUCAGUUUCUGUAAGAGUAGAAAUGUAGUAGGAGUCGUUGUGCGGUGCUAUCAAAUUAUCCUUAAAUCUCAACAAUUAUUAUUAGGGAUAUAAGAUUAUUUUCAUUAUAUUUAAGUUGUUUAUAUAUAUUCUUAUUGAUACAAUUCAUCAUGUAUUUCACUAUAAUAUUAAUUAUUAUUCUAACAAUUUUAUUUGGACUAUACUAUGGAAUAGCAGAAUACUUUUUAAAUAAAUUACAUAUGUUAAAUAUUAUCAACGGCAUUCCUGGACCAAAAGCAUUUCCUAUAAUAGGAAAUGCUCAUUUGUUUAUUGGCGACACAACAGCUCUAUGGAAGCAUAUACUAAAUCUAGGUAAGAAUUAUCAAUUAUUGUGGCGUGUAUGGAUAGGAACGAAAUUAUUUUUAGUAAUAGAAAAUCCUGAAUAUAUCAAGACUUUACUCAAUAAUCCAAAUAUUACUGAUAAGAGCCAGGAAUAUGAAAAAUUGAAACCUUUUGUAGGCAAUGGUUUGUUUACUGCUCCAGCAUCAGUAUGGGAUUCACAUCGAAAAGUUUUAAAUAAAAUGUUCCUUAUGAAAAAUAUAAAGUCACAUAUGGAUGUAUUUGUUCAUCAUUCUAUCGCAUUAAUGGAAAAAAUAGAAUCUAUUGUUGAAGAAGAAUUAGACAUUUUUGAUUAUGUCUUUCGCUGUACUUUGGAUAUAAUAUAUGAUGCCAUGCUGGAUACGCAACUAAAUUCGCUGACAAAUCCUGAUUGUAAAUUAGCUGAAUCAAUUAUAUGUGGGAUGGAUAUAGCAACACAAAGAAUCCUUAAAUUAUGGUUACAUCCGAACAUAAUUUUUUAUAACACUGCAAGUGGAAAGAAAUUUCAAGAGUGCUUGGCUCACCUGGAUAACAUAACAUACAAGAUAAUCAAAGAAAAAAUGGAAUCUAUGUUAAAAAGUAAAAUUAAUCGGCAAUUGACGGCGGAAAAGUCAGGAGAAAAACAGAAGACACUUUUCGAUUUUUUAUUCGAGUUAUCAAACGAAGGAGAAGUAUAUACGGAGAAAGAGACCCGCGAUGAAAUUAAUACAUUAAUUAUAGCUGGAAGUGAAACUUCAGCCACAACCAUUAGCUUUGUCCUCUUAAUGCUUGCAACAUUCCCGGAAAUUCAAGGCAAAGUAUAUGAGGAAGUAAAUCGAUUUUACUGCUCGGACGAUCCGAAAUGUGUUCCAAUGACAUAUAAUGAUAUUAAAAGUAUGAAACUUUUGGAACGUGUGAUCAAGGAAACGUUACGUCUCUUUCCUGCAGGUUCUCUCAUUGCCCGGAAAGUAACGCAAGAUAUAAAAGUUUCUAAAAAUUGGACUAUACCAAAAGGAUGUUCAGCAGUAUUUCUCAUCUAUAAACUACAUAGAAGCGCAAAAUAUUGGCCACGGCCAUUAGUAUUUGAUCCUGAUAGGUUCCUACCAGAAAAGAAUUGUUCUACCUGUUUCUUUCCAUUUAGUUACGGUCGAAGAAAUUGCAUAGGUCAACAUUUCGCUAUGCUGGAGAUGGCAACAGUAAUCGCUACACUGAUAAAAAGAUUUAGAGUUACAAUAGACAAGCCAGUAGAAAUUGCAAAAAUUGAUGUAAAGUUGAGCAUCACAUUAAAACCAUCGAAACCAAUAAGAUUAAAGUUUGAAAGAAGAAAUUAAUCAAAACAUCGAAUACACAUGCAUGAAUAUAUAUAUAAUACAUAAUUAAUAUAUUUACACCUAACGAAUUCUGUGAGUAAUAGCAUCCAAUCUGUAGUAGAAUCAUAUUAUUAUCUGUAAAAAAUAAAAACCGUCUACUUUUCAUUUCAUAUAA